AUGGGUGGCUUGACGGCGAUUCUAGUGGCCUACGUUGUGGGAGGCGUCACCUUCAUCCCUCUCGUGCUCGCCGUCGUCUUCGCCCACGGCUUCUAUACGCUCCCCCAUCGCCACGAUGUCGUCGCCGGCCCCAACAACGAGUAUGUCGAGGGCGGCAUCCUCCAGCCUGGAGAUGACAAGGCACCCCUCGAGGCGGCGCGGAAGGCUGUCGCCUCGGAGCCCAAGGCGCGUGCGAAUCGAGACCUGGAGGUGGCCGCUGGCUACUUUGCCGUGUGCCGCGAAUACACGCCCAUGGGCAUCAACGCCAAGCCCAUAGAGCGCUCGACUCCCCUGGGCUCGACCACGGUGGCCCCCACGAGCCCCAGCGUCUACCAGACAAUGUACAGGAGCAUCUUUGAUCGGAAGCCGGCCUCUGGCGCCCAGGACCUUAAUGGCUUGAGCCAGAGGCCCAAAAAGGCCGGCAACGUCUUCUACGUUGUGCUUCGACACGGACACCUUAUGCUGUUCGACGACGAGGAGCAGCUCGAAGUACGACACGUCAUUUCGCUGGCACAUCACGAUAUCAGCAUAUACUCGGGAGGAGACGCAACUCCAGAGGGCGAGUUGUUUAUCAAACGCAACGCCCUGUGUCUGUCGCGCAAGCCUGACGGGAUAGACCAGACACCCGAUAGCCAUGUCUCCAAGCCCUUUUACCUCUUUUCCGAGAACUGCUCAGCAAAGGAAGACUUUUAUUUUGCCUUGUUGAAGAACCAGGAGCAGACAUUUGGCUUCGACGCCUCGGCACCCAAGCCUAAGCAGUUUGAUGUCAAGAAUAUCAUCUCGUUGGUCCAGAGAUUGCACUCCUCCGAGGACCACGUUCACUCGCGAUGGCUCAACGCCGUGCUCGGCCGGCUUUUCCUGGCCGUCUACAAGACACGCGACCUUGAAAACUUCAUUCGCGACAAGAUCACCAACAAGAUAUCCCGCGUCAAGCGCCCAUCGUUCCUCACCAACAUUACCAUCCAGGGGAUCGAUACCGGAGAGGCAGCACCGUGCUUCACAAACCUCAAGCUCAAAGACCUGACCGUCGAGGGCGAGUGCGUGGUGGAGGCGGACGUCAGGUAUACAGGCAACUUUCGCAUCCAGGUCGGGGCCACGGUCAAGAUCGACCUCGGGGCCAGGUUCAAGGCCCGCGAGGUGAACCUGGUUCUGGCCGUGCUCCUGAAGCGUGUUGAAGGCCACGUCCUCUUUAAGAUAAAAGCGCCCCCCUCUAACAGGCUCUGGUUCUCCUUCCAGACCAUGCCCAAAAUGGAGAUGGCCAUCGAACCCAUUGUGAGCUCGAGACAGAUCACGUAUACGGUAAUUCUCCGCCAGAUUGAGAACCGAAUCAAGGAGGUCUUUGCCGAGACACUCGUGCUGCCGUUUUGGGACGACGUCCCCUUCUUCCGUACCGAGCAUAAGCGAUGGAGAGGCGGCAUAUUUGAGAGCGACGACGCUCUCGAAUCGUCAGCCGACGCCGAUGCCUCGGCAGAUCAGCCUAGCGAGGAGGCCCCCGUGGCCCAUCGCCCCGAUGAGAAUGCCCAUGUUAUCAACGAAACCCCGCCGCCGCUGGAGAAAAGCCACAGUCUGCCUGUGCUGGAGAGGCAGCAGGAGAGAACAGGGCUCUUCGGCAGGAAGCUGGGUAAGAAUGAGAACAACAGCACGACAUCGGUCGUCUCAACCGGCGUGGACGCCAAGGCAUCCAGCACCAGUCCGUUGCGCUCGCCGAGCAUUCUCAAGAACUCGACAGACCCCAUCGUGGGCACCGAGACCGCGCACGCCGACCUCUUCAAGCCAUCUUCCUCGCCACCUGACCACGCCACACAUUUCAUGGCCGCAUUGCACUCGCGGUCCCAAGACAUCCUGCCAGUGACCACUCCUACGGGCUCACCGGUCAAGGCCAAACAGUCGGCCAAGAUUUCGAAGCAACACUCCAACAAGGAUAGAGGAGAUGGCGAGAAAAGCGACGACUCCAGCUCGUUAAAGAACCAGACAGGGACACUGGCCUCGACGGAGUCUUCCAAUGGAGAGGUGAAGAGAGGCACGCUCGCCGCCGUUACCAAUGCCGCCGCGCAGGCUAGGCAAUGGGGCUGGAACGCAAUCCAGCGACAGAAAGACGCCAAGCGUGGCGACGAAAAGGUCACCCAGGUCGACCUCAGCCAGCCCAUGGGCCGAGGCCAGCCGCUCCCGCCACCUGGAGUCCCCUUGCCAGGUCCCACCAAUGGCAGUACGAGAAUUGUGCCCGUGGCUGCGCCCAAGCGCAAGCUCACAGCGGAACAAGCGUUCGCGGAGGCCCACGAGACGGACAAAGAACAAGAGCCCCGUCCUGUGCCGCCAUCGUCUUUGCCGCAGAACAGGAGGCGCGGGGCCAGCCCAGAGCAGAUGGGGAGCAAUGAGCAGAAGAUGCUGGUCGUGGCAGCGCCAGAUGAUUCCCAGCCUGGAACACCGCAUAAAGAAAUGCGGCUGGACGACGGGGGCUCUUGGGCAGGCAUCACUGCCGUCAUCGGGGAAGAACCGGUAUUGACGCCAGAAUCCCUCAAGGGCCGUUCGACGGGCAAGUGCGAGGCGUCUCUGCUGGAUGUCAAGGUGGCGCCGGCAAGUCCGCUCAUCGCCUUGCCAGCAGCGGCAGCUGCUGUCGUUGACGACGACGAUGACUUCUCCGGGUGGAUGGAGGACGACAUUUUGGAUGAGGAACAGCAUGAUGGCGAUAGAUUGCCAGCCGCCGUCGUUGGCAGUGUUCAAUAG